AUGAAGAUGGCCCUGUCUGAAAUUCCUGGUUGGGAAGAUCCUGUGUAUAGUUUGCUGGUCCUUAAACAGAUUAAAUUUGGGGGACCAUGUGAACAGUGGGAGAGGUUGGCAGAGGCUGAUCUGCAGGAUGUAUUAGAAAAUAUUCAAAAAUUCUCCAGUAAGGCACAGGAUGAUGUAACCUUUGGGAGACAGGGAUGGAUCCUGUUAACAGCAUAUAAGAAACAGUACCAGCAGAAAGAUCCCUUACUGGCUGAAUGUUCCUGUAUGCGAGCUCAGAUUAUGACAUUAGAAUCUCUCAACAAGAUCCUUACUGGUAAACUAGACAGUUCUCAAACUGUACCUGAGAAGGAUACAGCACAAGUUGCCCAGUGUAAAUGUCGGAAGAGACAGGGACAAUGUAGUCAUAAGAAGGUUCACUCAGAGUUUAUACAGGUGGAUGUACACCAUAACCCUGAUGACUCGGAUGAUGAUAUUUGGUACUCUGCAGAGUCUGAUGGGGCUGGUGCCUCAGAUGACUCUGCAGGUGUGAGACCAGUCAUCAGGUGGAAGGUGGAAUUUUCUGAGAGCAAGCUACCAGUAAAUGGACCUACAAUGGAAGAUUUCACACAGCAAGAAAUCGGUGAUAUUUUGCACGGUUCAGAGACCAGGAGAGCCCCUGUUUGCUUGGAUGCCACUGUAGGGUGCGAGGCAAAAUACCCCCUAGAGAAUUCCUGGCCAGGUUCGGACUGGCCAUGGUAUACUCUGUGGGAUGGUAUACAGCAAUUGAAGGAAGAAGGAAUGAAACUGGCCAUUCAUGUAGGCCCUGUUGAUGUGUUGAUGCAACUUCGAUUGUCUGUGCCUAUGAGAAAUGCAAUCAUUAGAACUGCUCCACUGGCUUACAAGAAUGUUCUUAGUUAUAUCACCAACCGAGCAGUUUUAGUAGGGAAGAUAAAGAUGCCUGUGGUUCAGAUCCCAAAUGCGACCAAGGUAGUAACCAUGAAACAGUACAGGAUUCCAGGUGGUCAUGAAGAAAUUUCCCAAACAAUCAAAGAUUUACUGGCUGCAGGAGUUUUAAAACUGACUACCACAAUGUGGAAUAGUCCAAUGUGGCCUGUCAAAAAGGUUGAUGGAUCCUGGAGAAUGGCUGUGGAUUAUAGAAAACUGAGCAAGAGCACCCCACCUCUUGUGACAGCUGUACCUGAUAGGAUCACUUUAAUAGAAAGAGUUCAGAGGCAUCUUGGCAUGUGGUAUGCUGUCAUUGACCUGGCCAAUGCAUAUUUUAUGAUUCAAAUUGUGGAAGAGCAUUGGGAUGAAUAUGCAUUUACAUGGCAAGGGCGGCAGUACACCUUCACCAGGUUGCCUCAAGGAUGGGUGCAUAGUCCAACUAUUUGCCAUAGAAUAGUGGCUGAGCUCCUGGAUGAGGUACAGCUCCCUUCUCAUAUGCAAAUGAUCCACUAUAUUGAUGACAUCCUGAUUCAGGGAACCAAUGAGGGUGAAUUACAACAAAUGCUUGAAGUGCUGCUAAUGCAUAUGAGGCAGAAAAGCUGAGAGAUUUAUCCUACUGAAAUCCAAGGGCCAUGUCAGACAGUUAAAUUCCUAGGCAUACAUUGGAACUGUGGUCAUCAAGAACUACUACCUAAAGCUCGGCAAAAGAUUCUUGACUUUGCUAUACCACGGCAUAAGAAGGAGGCGCAGAGAUUUAUCAGACUAUUUGGUUUCUGGAGGCAACAUAUUCCACAUUUAGGACAGAUUCUGGCUCCAUUAUACAAGGCAACUCGCAAAAAGCGUGAAUUUGAAUGGGGAAAUGAGCAGCAGGCUGCCUUUGAAUUGGCAAAAGGAGCUAUUCAAAGGGCUUUGGUCUUAUGGCCCAUGCAGGAUGGCGAAAUAGAAUUGAAUGUGUCUGUAAAUGGGUCAUAUGCUAAUUGGAGCCUCUGGCAGAAAUAAGGGAAGAAAAGAGUCCCUUUAGGAUUUUGGGGAAGAAAGUUACCAGAGGCAGGGCAUAAUUACGUGCCCUUUGAGAAACAACUGUUAGCCUGCUCUUAGGCCUUGAUAGAAACCGAGCAGCUCACGAUAGGCCACGAGGUGGCCCUGCGCCCCACAAUCCCUAUUAUGCAGUGGGUUAAAUGCUCCCCGAAGACUCACCGAUUAGGGCAUGCUCAAGAAUCAAGCAUUAUAAAAUGGAAAUGGUACAUCCAGGACAGAACAAAGGUGGGACCUGGUGGUGUUGCUGCCCUCCAUGAGCAAGUAGUGGCUGCCCCCAUGAAGGAUCAAGAGGUAAAGCCUGAUCCUAUACUUGAACAGGAAUCCCCUGUGCAAUGGGGGAAGGUCCUGGAUCAGCUGCUACCUCUUGAAAGGGAACAUGCAUGA